UUUCUUCCCUUUAUUUCAAAUAAAGUUGUAUUUAUUUGGCUUGUUCAAAUUCCCAACUCAUUGGCUCUGUAUGUACUGUGAAUUUGUGAUUCAUUAGGUGCUGUUUGGGUUAUUCGGGGAUGUUUUUUCUGGUUUCUUCCUAGGCUUCAGCAUGGCCGGCGUUUCCCUGAAUUCUAAAGCCAUUAAUCUUCUCCACCACAUUCGCCUUCUCUGCUCUCGAGGCCACCUCCAAGAAGCUCUCAAGCUCUUUACUCCAUCACUCCCCCACCUCCACUCGUCCAUUCCCAUCACACAUACGCCGCAUUCUUCCACGCGUGCGCCCGCCGCAGUUCUCUCCCCCAAGGCCAAGCUCUCCACGCCACAUGCUUUUACACAACCCUAAAUCUGAUUUCAACCACUUCAUGACUAAUCAUGUUGUUAACGUGUAUGUUAAAUGUGGGUCAUUGGACUUUGCCCACCAAUUGUUUGAUGAAAUGCUGGAGAGGAAUAUUGUUUCCUGGACUGCUCUCGUUUAUGGGUAUGCCCAGCAUGGUCGACCUGAUGGGUGUUUUAGGGUCUUUAGGACAUGUUAAUUUGGCACCGGCCAAUGGAGUUUGUGUUUGGCAGAGUGAUUAGCGCUUGUGGUGGGGACGACGAUUAUAGACGGCAGUUAACGCGCUUGCAUUGAAGACUUCUUUUUAUUCUUGUGUUUGUGUGGGGAAUGCUCUUAUUAUGAUGUAUUGCAGGAGUGUGUAUAAGGCUUGGAGUGUGUAUGAGGCAAUGGGGUUUCGCAAUUUGGUUUCUUGGAAUUUUAUGAUUGCAGGGUUUCAAGUCUGUGGAUGUGAAAAUCGAGCACUUGAGUUAUUCUCACAGAUGCACUUUGGUGGAAUUAUGCCACACUGAAAUUGAAGUGGCCACUGCCUUGGUCAAAGCUUAUUCUAGGCUAGGAGGAGAGGUCAGUGAUUGUUGUAGGAUCUUCUUGGAAUUGGAUGGCCAUCAAGAUGUUGUUUCUUGGACUGCUAUUAUAGCAGUGUUUGCAGAACGGGGCCCAGAAGAAGGCCUCCUCCUCUUUCGACAGUUCCUUCGACAGUGUUUGGCUCCAGAUCAUCAUAUGUUCUCCAUUGUCUUAAAAACUUAUGCUGGUCUUGCAACUGAGCGGCAUGCAUUGACUGUCCAGUCACAUGUUCUAAAAGUUGGAUUUGAGGAGGACACUGUGCUUGCAAAUGCCUUGAUUCAUGCCUGUGCUAGGUGCGGCUCCAUUGCAUUGUCAAAGCAAGCUUUUGACAAAAUGGGAUCCCAUGAUAUAGUUUAUUGGAAUUCAAUGUUGAAGGCAUAUGCUAUGCAUGGGCAAGGUAAGGAGGUAUUGCAGCUCUUUUCACGAAUGGAUGCCCAACCUGAUGGCACCACCUUUGUUGUCCUCCUCUUAGCUUGUAGUUAUGCUGGAAUGGUGGAAGAAGGAACUAAAAUAUUUGAGACAAUGUCUAACAAUCAUGGUAUUGCUCCUCAACCUGAUCAUUACACAUGCAUGGUUGAUAUUCUAGGUCGAGCUGGUCGAAUUUCUGAGGUAAAGGAGCUUAUAGUUAAAAUGCUAAUGGAGCCUGAUCCAGUGGUCUGGAGUGCUUUGCUUGGUGGUUGUAGGAAACAUGGUGAAACCAAGUUGGCCAAGUUAGCUGCAGUGAAAGUAAAGGAGUUGGAUCCCAAUAAUUCAUUAGGAUACAUAUUGAUGUCAAACAUAUUUUGUACAGAUGGUCAUUUUAAUGAAGCAAGAUUAAUAAGCAGGGAGAUGGAAGGGAAGACAGUAAGAAAGGAACCAGGUUUGAGUUGGAUUGAGGUUGUAAAUCUGUUACAUGAGUUUGUCUCUAGAGGCCAACAACAUCCAGAAAGAGAGGCCAUAUGCGCCAGGCAUGAAUAGCUAGUUAGGGGAUUGAAGGAUUUGGGUUACGUGCCUCAAAUAAGUUUGGCCUUGCAUGAAAUAGUAGAUGAGCAGAAAGAGGAGCAACUGUAUUACCUUAGUGAGAAGCUGGCUUUGGUUUUCGCUUUGAUGAAUGUAGAUAGCAUGUGUUGUAGUGGGAACAUUAUAAAGAUUAUGAAGAAUAUCUGAAUUUGUGUAGAUUGUCAUAACUUUAUGAAGUUGGCAUCAGAACUUGUUGACAUGGAGAUUGUUGUAAGAUAUUCAAACCGUUUUCACCAUUUUAAAGCGAAGGUGUGCUCUUGCAAUGAUUAUUGGUGACAAACCACUAUUACAUAACAUAUUGGAGAUCAUCAAGAUUAAUCCGUCCAUUGCUUUGAAAUGAUUGGCAGUUAAUAUUAACUUUCUAAGAAUUUUCUUUAUGGUAGCAACCCAUUGGGUCCACCUGAGAGCAUUGAGAAUGGCCUCUAGGUUAGGCCUCUCACUACCUUAUCCACCAAGCCACUCUUUCUAGUGAAUCUGUCCACUGGGUUGCAAAAAUUACUUCCACAUGGGUUGUCUAUCUUAAUGCAGUUCUAACUGAGCAACAGAUUUCCUGCUUGAUGCAUUGGGCUUUCUCCCUUAGCCUCCUGGAAUGGCUUCUCGUGCAUGGCUUUCCCUAUACUCUUCACCAUUCCUAAACUUCUGGUCCCUGCUCUCUGUGUCCUUUGAAAUAGAGGAUUUUGCUCACUCAAGCAUGACAAAGCCCAACAAUAGUGCUAUCAGUGUAGCCCCUCUGAAUGCUGUUGGUAAUUGGAUCUCAGUUAUAGGUACAGGGAUUGAACUACUGGAAGAAAUAAUUAACACAUCGGAAGGUGACAAUGGAGGACCAAAAACUCAGUUGGCUGCAAAUAUCCGAUCAUCAUCUCUCUAAGAGAUUCUGUAUCGGCUUUGGAAAAAGAUACCCUUUCACUCACUAAGUUUUAGAAAGCAGACACUGGAAGAAAAGGAUGAUAAAUCGGUGAGUCAACUGUGUGCUGAAAGGGGUUGAGAUUUGAGUGAAGAUCAAAUUGUCAUGGUGUCAGAUGGAUAUUCAGACUUGCAGGUAUUGCAAACUAGAAUUAAAGUUAUUGAGAAGGCAAUGGUUGAAAUGGAAAUCAGGAAAACUUAGACAUCAACACCAAACUAGAGGCUGCAAUGAGACAGAUUGAAGAGUUGAAAUCUAAAAGAAGUUAUUGAUGAGAAAAAAGUUCAUAUGAGACUCUAUGCUUGAUCAGAUAUUUGAAUGUUCAUCCUGUGGGAUAAGCUAGCAGGAGAAAGACUGCUGAAGAUGGUAAUCAAAUGCUUGAAUUGUGGGAAACAACUGAUCCAAAUGGCAUCAUUGCUCAGUUGCUAAGGCACAUAUGUUCCUGUUGGAUACCAUCAAGUGUGGGAUCCAUCAACAAAACUACCCACUGGUUUUGUAAAGGAGCUGCCAUCAUCAAAUGAACAUUUGAAGGAGCUUGAAUUUUUGAGUCUUGAGUCAUUGUAAAACCUGCCAUCACUGCAAAUAUAAUGGCUUAGGGGAAACCCAUUUAGUAACAUACCGUUUGGGAUUAAUCAAUUUCAUAAGCUGAGAAUCCU